AUGAGCCUACAGAAGCCAGCGUUGAACCGUUUUGGCGCAAGCUGCAGGGCACUAGAAUCUUGGAUGAAAGGCUCCGGGUGGAAACAUUUGAUUGAUAAAUACAGUAUAGAAACCGUUCAGAGCCUUAUCGCGAUAAUGGAGAGAUUCAGCUUGCUGUGUCCCUGGCCAUCAGACAAGGAAACCAAACAAUACCUUGUGCCAUCCAUGUUGAUGUCACCCCCUACAAAUGACGUCUUGGAGCUCCUUGCUUCUGUGAGAACACCUUCACUUUUUGUGAAGUUUGAAGUACGACGAGUGCCACCAGGCCUGUUCACGCGUCUAGUACUCCAGUUUUACCAAUGGUGUCACGAAGAGUGGAAGAGCCGGAUACAUCCCCAACUGUCUAGCAAUUUUGCUCGGUUCCACAUCCUUCCUAAUGAAGGAACGUCUGUCAUUAUCAUGUGCCAUUCUUCCUCUAUCGAAAUCGCUCUUCACUAUGGAAGCAAUUUUUCUGAAGCAAUAGCAACAGAUAGAAUUGGUGCACAGCAUGAAAAUGGAGAUUUACGCAAAAUUAAAGUUUGCGUAAACCUGCGUAAAGUUGGUCAUCCAACUUUACGCUAACUUUCCACGGCGCGUAAAGGUUUGUAAAGGUAACUUUACGCGCUCGGCUCUUAAAGGUUUCGUAAAGCUAGCAUAAAGUUGUUGUAACAGCUUUACGCUCAUUUACGCUACAAGUAAAGGUUUAGUAAGGUUGUCAUAUAAUGCUAGCUUAAUUCCUAACGGCAAUUUAUUCCCGGCACUGUUUUUAGUAAGUCGUUUGUGUCUGAUACUAGUUCGCAUAGUUUUUUUGAUCACUCAUUUGGUGUUCGAUGUUGGUGUGCGAUGUAAACAAGCCAACCACGCAAAUUUCUUUUGGUGGUGCGAACGACUUCGUACACGCUUAAAAAUGACGCUGAAAAGAAAAUUCUGCUGGCAAUUUUCGAAAAACGGCAUAUCUGUCGCGGCAAACACAAUAGCCUUCAAUACUCAGUAGUAUUCCCUCAUUGAUUUCAGUCAGUAUAAGGUGUUUCUUCCUUAACGGUCACCUCUCUACACGGGCCAUUUUUGUUUUGUUGUUUUUUUUUCGGCGGACGGUCCAUACAUGACAUACAUUUACUCUUCUUUCAACCUCUCUACUAUGGCCACUUUUUUCGAUGUCCCUAAGGUGGCCGUUGUAGAGAGUUUCAACUGUAAUUUGAUCAAAUUGAAAUAAUUGGAAAAUAAAGAAAAAAUAUCGCCUCGCAAAAACGGCGAGUCUUACUUAAAGAAAGAACGCAUUACUUAAAGAGAAAGACCGCAUUCACAAAUUACUGUGACCAUUUUACAUUCAACGGAGUACUGGCUUCAUCGUUGAACCUCCUUUAUCGCUUCCUUAUUUUAAGUCCGCGGACUUCAGGCUUGGGAACGGACAAUUUGUUAAAAGAAAGGGGCCUGGAAACAAUCGAGUGAAGGGACACCUGGUCAGCGGGCUUGUUCCUUUGCACAUGCUCAAUCAGGUUCGUUGAUUUGGCGUCCAUUUUGAAAGUGUCCAACGGUUUCAAACUUGCGUCUUUGAAAGGUUGGAGAUCGUUCAUAUAUUAUGCUUCUUGAUAGCAUCACAGGACAUCUUAAGGUUGUUACAAUUUAUAAUAGCACUAUCAGCCUUUAGUAAUCGAUCACUUCUCAAGUGUGCAGCAACCCUUUCGGGACGAGAUACUCAGUCAAAAAUGGAGACAGAAACAUCGUGUGAAGCACAAGCAUUAACACUGGAAUGUUCACAACACAGACCAAGACUGUAUUACACGUAUUACUAAGGCUCUUCGAUACUCAAGAUCUCGCUGAAAAGAGCAGAUAGUAAGGCAAGGUAAGUUGUCCUGGCUCGCCUUUUCUCUAACUUUUUAAGCUUAAUUCCAACUUGUUUAUGACGAGUUCGAAUGACUGUCUCAAGUACUCAGUAACUAACAUUUCAGUGAGCAAUGAAACCAGCAUUAACCGUUUAAAGUAAAUUAUAACUAAACAUGUGUAUUUAUUUGGCAUAACCUUUCAAUACUAAGCUAGCAACGAGACCAUGACGUUGAAGAUGAUAAUGUAAAAUCAUGUAAGGACUUUGGGGGUCUGAAGGAGUAGAAUUUCCUUGUUUUGUACUGGAAAAUAGGAGUUUGGUCACUGGUACUGGGAAUUACUAAAAGAAAAUAAUGGAAUUAAGAAAGGACAUCUGUAUAAAGUAAGCUUACAUGUAAUGUGAUACAACCAUUCUUAUGAAAAUCUUCACAGACUAUAGAAGAACUAAUAAACAGAAUAGAAAAGUGUUAACAAGUGUUGAAUUUGCAAGUAGGCAAAGAUAAUCUACGUAGUCUGGUUCUAUAUUUUCAUGCGUCAGUCAAUAACAAACCCAAGCUUCCCAAUUCCCCGGGCAGUCAUAGCGUCAUAAGUGGUGAAUAAUUUAACAGCAUGCAUGUAUUUUUUGAAGCAGAUACAAAAGUUUAUUUUUGAUUUUAAAUUACGUGGGUUUUAACUUAAAUGAACAGAGAAUGAAUAGACAUUUUCAUGAGUCUUUCAAUGCAUAGCUAAUGCAGACCAUGAUUGAAUUAGAAUGUAUUUUCAUGUAAGUGCCAACAUAGUUGUUAACAUCUUCACAGUUUCAUACCUUCAUCUGCAGUUCAAAGUAUGAUUCAUUUCAUAUAUUACCAUUAAUUUUAAUCUUCAUUGUGCACUGCUCCUAUGAAAUUAUAUUGCGGUUCUUGAGAGGAUAUAGUGCAGCACAUACUGUCAGGAAAUUGAAUGCCUUACUUUUUGGGAAGCAAAGCACACAGUCAUGUUAGAAACCAGAAAUUGUGCUAUUUGCACCAUAGUUGUAUCGUCAGUAAAUCUAGGUUUAAAGGAAAAUAAAAUUUAAAGAAACAAGUUGUGAAAGAUAAGACUGUUAAGAGAGUCAUAGCAGUCAUAGCUGUUUUGGAUUCUCUUGUCUACAUACACCAUUAUUAAUCUGCAAAUACAACUGUCUCUCUUGUGAAAUGUCCCUGGUGGCAAGGAAAGAAAAUAGGCUGCUUUAUUUACAGGCAUUGUUUUCAAGAUUGAGGAUAAGGGCUUUAAAUAGCAAAGUGGCUUCACUCCUGUUACAUUAACUAGGAACCUUGAACGUUUCGUAUUAAAAAGGAAAAAAAUAUAUUGGUAAAGUUUCAAGAAAAUUUGAAACUUUUGGGAAUGAGGUGCUUAUAUGUUUCUAUAUUUUCCCUGAAAGUCUUUGGUGGAGCUCAUGAGAAGGCUAGGGAUGUUUAUUGAUUUGGAACUUUAGUCCGGGACAGGUAGAAAUUUAGUUCGAACAUGUAAACCUUUGAUAUGACUUGUCCGUGGGACAAGCACAUUUUUAAUUAGAAAAAUAAAGAUGAGAAACAAUAUUCCAUUUAACUUUGCCAUUCCACUGCCAGUCGUUUCAUCCAUUUGUUUUUUUACAAACUCUGUUGUAGGUUUCAUUCAAAAAUAAAGGGUAAUAAUGUGAUUAAAUAAUGUGUUUAAAAACAUUAAAUGCCCGUUGCAAGCUAAACUUUUUGGACAAGAACUCUAGGUUUUGGACAACCAAAUUUAAUGUAUUGCUUGUGUGAAGGACAAGUGGAUAGGAAAAUUUCUCUCUUACCAGGGUGCAAAGAAGGUGAUUUUUAAAGCUUGCCAUUCGGGCAAGCUGAAGCUAGCAUAUACUAGCCCAAAUGUCAUUUCAACUAGCCCCCAAACCGUUUUGAUGAGCAGAAUUGAUUUCACAGUUCUUCGUUAGUUUGAAUUCCUCAAAAAAACUUCACUUGCCCAUCGGGCAAGUUAAGUUCAAAAUUCACUAGCUCGAUAGCAAAAUCCACUAGCCCCGGGCUAUCGGACACUACUUUCUUUGCGCACUGCUUACUCUCUAAUAAUAAUAAUAAUGUACAUCCAGUGGUUUUUCAUAGCACUUUACAACGAUAUUAAUGGAUGAUACUUUUAUAAAAAUGCAUACAUUAAAAUAAAAAAAGAUAUACAUUGUAAAACAUUGAACUCUAAUAAUAUAAUAAACCAUUGUUAAUAAAUUUAACAUACCGGUAUAUAUAUGCUUCAGUCUCCCCAACUAGUAAGGCACUGUGCCUGUGUUAUAAGACAUGAGACUUUAAUAAAGUUCAUUAUUAUUAUUAUUAUUAUUAUUAUUAUUAUUAUUAUUAUUAUUAUUAUUAUUAUUAUUAUAGGGUUUCCAUGUAGCAUUUUACCCUGAUUUUCACUCAACUGCAAGUAGGGUUCUGAAUGUAAAUAUUAUUGCCUUUAAGGAAAGCCUUUAACUCAUACUAGUCAAACAUUUUGAAUCUUUAACAGUCAGAUGAAUCUUAUUCAGUUGUGUGAAUUUGUGGACAUUGAAAUCAUUUGCUACUCAGGUUUUGCAUUGUUAUUAGACCACUUGUGGAAAAUGCCUUAUCAUUUUUUUCAAAUUUUUAGUCUUGGUUUGUGAAAAGAGGCAUGUGGGGAACCCUGUGUCAAGUAAAAUUGUGCUGAUUGUAGUAAUUUGGCCAUGAGUGUAGGAAAAAAUAUUAUUAAUUAGUAAUAGCAGGCGGUGUCCUCUGGCAACUUAGGGGUGUUUACAUGACACCGGGCAACUUUUUGCCCCGAGCGAGUUCACUCCGGUUCCCUCUCAUAGCUCUAUAUUUGUUUACAUGAUACCACCACAAAAUGUCAUGCAGGCGCGAGUCACCCCAGCGUGAGUUCACCCCGGUUCUUGUACCGGGGCGAGAAUUUCACUCUGGUACAAAAUCUCAUGGCAGUAUCAUGUAAAUGGGAAACGACCACCCGUUUCAGCAUGAAAUCGGUCUGCCGGUAGACUGGAAUAGGUAGCGCACGCGUAAUGUUUGCUAUUUUGUAACACACUUGUUUUUAAUCAACAUAAAGUGUACCUUCAAAUAACGAGAUAUGAAAUGACUCAGUCAUAAUGUAAACCCGAUACAAAAUCAAAAAGUCAUCCCGGUAUGAGACUCGCGCCGGUGUGAGUUUUCUCAUGUAAACACCCCCUUACUGUACAUGUACUUGUGCCUUUAGUGCGCGAUUAAGUGUAUUAUCACUAGCCUACAAAUAAUCUGUGUAGUUUACUCAAAUAAUACUUGCUUUCUAUUUAUUCAGCAGAUCAGCCUGGUAUGGGAUGUUGGUGACAGAAAGUCCUCUCAAAGCAAACAGGAUUAAUACAUGUUAAUUACAAGCCUUAGUCUUGUAAAUUGGUUCCAGGGCUGUCACUAAGGGCCAUAAACCAGACUUUAAAUCGGCUACUUUGAGCCCAAUACUUGGCUGUUUUGAGAGGAAACGAAACUUUCCACAUUUUCAAUGUCCCGCUCACUAAUUUCACUUAAACCCUGCAACUUGCAAUCUUAGUGACAGCCUUGUGCAUCUAACUUUUACAUCAUCAGUUUAUGAAAAUGAUUUGUUAUUUGGAUUUUGUUGUUAAGUUUGACUGUAAACACUUCUGGGAGUGAAAGGGCUAAAUCAAGAAACCAUCAAUGUUAUACAUGUAUUAGGCUUUCAGUCUUUUUAUUUCUUAUCUAAAAUUGUUUAAGCUUUUAAUUUGAAUUAUGCUAAAUUAUACUAAAUAUUUUCAUUUUGGAAGAGACCAUUUUGACCCACCUUUACAUUAAUUUGCGUGUUAGAGUUGCUGUUUUUUAUCAAAAUUUAACUUCAUCAGUUUUCUUGUACACCCUGUACCUUACAUGUAAAUGCUAAUAAUUAUUUCAAACUAUAAAUCAUCUUAAUUUGGUAUAAUACUAAGUUAAGAUGAUUUUUUUGGAUAUUUUGGGAAGACUGUUUUAACCCAUUUGAAAAGUUUAUGUACACUGUAUCUUCUUAUUUAAACCUUACGUGUUGGAAAAAUUUUCGUUUUUUUUUAUUUUUAAUGUAAUGACAAAGAUGCUAACGCAGAAAUAAAUCAUGUUAUAUUUAGAAAAUUCAGUUUUAGAGAAUCAGCGUGUUUUGUUUUUUAAAACCUUGUAAUAUCACUCUUUGCGGGACUAAACUUAAAGAAUGUGAUUCGUAUUUGCAGCUUUUGCAGUUACAACAAUGUAGCAUACCUGGCGAUUUUCAUGGGAUUUGAAAUGUAAAAAUAAAGAUAGGCAAAUUGAAAAUUGGUUAUGGUAAUGCAAAAUUGGAAACGGAAAGGGGCCCUAUUUUUUAAACUACUACUUAUUCAAAGUUCAUCUACUGGUUAAACAAUAUAACUCCAUUAAAGCAAGUUAUAACUUAAUAGUAGGGAUGACUAAUGUCAGUUUGAAGUUGGGUUCUUAUUUUUCUAUAGGUCUGUUGGGUUCUCAACGCUUUAUAACUUUUCGUUUUUGUUGUCAGUUUUGAAGAAUAAAAACAAAAUUUCUGACCUAAUCCUUUAACAGUGUGUUGAAGUGUUGUUACAUAUUAGGGUAUUUUAUUUUAUGUCGAAACUUGAAUUGAGGAUUACUCAUACAAUUAUUUGUAAUGUAUAUAUGAGUAAUCCUCCAUGGCUCCAGAUUGUAAAUACUAUGGAGAGACGAUGGGAAACCAAAGAAAAUAACCGGUAUUAAGUACACAACAAAAAUCCAAUGUUUGUGUGACAUGGACAAAAAUAAAAUUUUGAUUGUUAAAAGUUUGGUAAGAAAAAUUUACCGAUUAUUAUUAUAUUUACCGGUAUUUUAAAGUUUCCAGUGUGUUUAUGUGUAUAUAUAUAUUUGGCGUAAAGGAGCUUGUAUUUUCGCUUUACACAAGCUUAAAGUAGGGUUUACACAAGCUUUACGCACAACGUAAAGGUGUUGCGUAAAGUUUUUGUUUCAUUACGCCAGCUUUAUAUGUACGCGUAAAGGUGCUGUAAAGCUGAACUUUACGUAGAGUAAAGGAAACGUAAAGUUGUGUAAAAUUCAACUAUACGCUGACUUUACGCUGUCAUUACGCUCACGUAAAUUUGAUUUUUCAUGCUGUGGUGACAAUCACAGUCUGACUACAAGUCGUAAAAUACAUUGGCAACUGAGACUGAUUCGCGAGUGCAUGCGCAGAGAGUUUAGCUGGCUGAAGAACAUGAAAUACGAAAUGUGCAUCUGCUGUCCAGUGUGUUCGCAGGAGGGUUCUGUAAAAUGUCGUUCUCAUGACUUGCGUGGCUGUGAGUGUCUUCACUUGUUGUCGGAAUCCGAGCUGCUGAAAUGUCAAUACUGCACCCAACCUGGUUUUCGUGGGGAUUGCAGAAUUCGCAUCGAGUUGUUUACGCCUUGGUUUACAUUUUCAGAUCCACAAGAAAGCAGGACUUCACUUCAGGUUGGUCUAUGUCUUUAUUCAACGCAUUGUUCCAUUGUUUUGUUGAGAAGCUAUUUAUAUUCUUUCGAGAGGCUUUUAUAUUCGAUUUUGAGGUUUUUAUCCUGUUUCAAACAACCUUGAUGGUAAAAACAACCUAAACGUGUAGUCCUGCAAUUGUCAGGUACAAUUUGUAAAAAAUAGUAACGAGUGCUAUUCUUCGUCGAGUCAUCAACUGACUUUACUCGUAUUGACUUAAUUACUCCUAUACAGCUGUUUCAAAAAACGUUGUCGGUAGAAAAGCAAAAAGUUUAAGCCAAGACCGAAAGGUAAUAUAGGAUUUUUAUAGUGACCUGCUACAGGUCCCAUAGGAGUUUCGCGACCACUCCAGUAUGUCCCUGAGAACAGUAUGGAGCGUCUCUCUGUAAGUGAGAGUAUUUCUAAACGUUGUACAACUCUUAAAACAGUGGUUGGAGGGCCUUCAAACGGUAGGGAGCUUAAGCAAAUACAAUGGCGAUAAAAGGGACGGUGAACAAGUUACAAUAGGUUUAAAUUAGCAAAACUUACAACAACUCAUUUUGCACGUGGAUUACGCUUUUUUGUCCGUGGCCGUUGGUCCCGGCUGCGGCUUGAAAUCUCUCAUGUUUUAUAGGGGAGGUGAACAGCAGACCCCAAUUUUCUUUUCUCCUUUUUUUAAACUUGAAACUAGUCCUUUAGAAUUCAUUUCCAGAGGAAUCGCCAUCAUUUAAAAAAUUGAACAACGUGAAAUAAAGGCAAUGUGGUUGUCCAUACAUUCUCGCAUGCUAGUGUAGUGCUACAUAUUGCCCGGAGUAGACUUUGGCGAGUCUUAAUUAAUUCUUGAGUAGGAACCAUUAUUCGGAAAAAGUUUGUUUGUGAUAUUUUUUUUUUUCGCCCACUUCGUUACUACGUUAUGCAAAUUGAUAAAAUGUAAAAUUUAAAGUCAUUUUCCUUGCUAAUUAGCUAAACAAAAUUGCCUUCAAAAAUGGGAAUAAGCAAGACUGCACUUCGGCUGAAAAGUAAUUUUACCUUGUGCUUUUUUAAAAACUAAAAUGAUCAGUAUGGUUCAGUAUAAAUGACGACUAAAAAUCAGCGACCAGUUUAGUGAAGUGAUUGUUUGCCAGCAAAAGACGGAUUUUAAACAACCCACAUUACUUUGCGGUCUUGGCUUGAAGACUUUUUGCUUUUCUUCCGACAACGUUUUUUGAAAUGGCUGGAUAUGUUUAUUAAUUACAAUUUACAGUCAAAGCAGGUCAAGCGUUCUCGUCGCUAACGAACUAGUUAAUUCAUUAAUGACAAAACGAUUUCGUUUGUUGAUUUAAUACUCUGUUCAUAAAAUGAACAGUCCAAUUUUCACAUGCAGCGUCGAUUCAAUAAUCGAAUGUUGAUUCGAUUACAGUUUUUUCAAAAACUACAGUUUCCAAAAGUCGACUUCAGAAUUUUGGUUCUUCUUCCUUUUUUUUUUUUUCUUUCAAAGGGUCGAGUGCGGGUAAGUUCUGAAGUUCAAACCCAAACAAACUGUUACAUGUACGCCAUAUUGCUGCCAGUAAUCAGUGCAACAGACCUCUAGACCUCUUAGAAAACACGAUGGUCAAACUGAGGUCAGUGUAUGUGCAGUGAUUGGUGGAUUUCGAAAUUCGGCCUUUGUCAGUUUCUCUACACUUGCGGUCCAAGCAUUCUAGCGGUUAUUUUCAUUAAAAGCAAUGAAAAACGCAUUCGUAACCGGUAGGAAAUGGGAAGCAAAUACGAUUGAACACAACAGACAAGAAUAAAGAACAGGUAGAUUUUGUUCAUAAACCAACUCAACAUUUGAUUAUUGAAUCGAGUCCAAUUUGACUAUUCGAGUAUUAAUUUUAUGAAUAUAUUAUUGAAUCUACAAACCAAAUCAUUUUUCCAUUCAUAAAUUUAUUGGUCCACUAGCGACAGGAACGCUUGAUAUCAUUUGACUGAAAUGGCAGUACAAAACAGUUAUAAAAGAACAAUCAAUGGCAAAUUUUCAACAACAAACAACAAACUCAACCCACAUAUGGCGUCGACGCCGGGAGUUGAACCCGGGCCACAUUGGUGGGAGGCGAGUGCUCUCACCACUGCGCCACCCUUGCUUCCCCUUUUGUUGUUGGUUCUCUCCCUUGCUCCGAGAGGUUUUCUCCGGGUACUCCGGUUUUCCCCUCCCCUCAAAAACCAACACUUCCAAAUUCCAAUUCCAUCUGGAACGCACGCACACGUUUUAACGUUUUUUACAGUUUUUUAAAUUUCAAUUUCCAAAAGAGCAGUUAUUAUUAUCUUUCUUAAGGAGCAAGCUGCAACUGGAUGCGAGGUCAAGGAAAAAAGCCAUGUAACUUCCCAGGAAGGUACGGCCACUUUAAAUGUUUUUCCCAAGGGUCAGUAGUAUGAUUAUGUUGUAUCUUGUAUAACUCUUAAUCUUUAAUUAAUUUGUAAUUGUAACGGUGUUACAGAGCUUGAUGACAUUUUUUUGUAUUUUGUAGAGCGUUUAUUUGCUUUCCCCUGUGGUGUUCUUCGGUGCAUCCAGUCUCAGUCAAGCAGUCCCGAGGAAAUUGUAGUUCGAUUUCAAGAGUGGUCGCAGUUAAAUCCAGCCACUUUAGAGAAUCCCGACCAGAAGACAGAAAGGUGGAUUCGGCGUCUCGCCAAUGAACUUAAAUCUCAAAACAGAAUCGAUUUAUUUAAGUAUCUGAGGACGUUAGCACCACCCGGUACUACAGGUGAGUUCACAACGAAACUAGAAAUUAUACCUUUCACAAGUACAAGUCAUUAAUUCAUUUCUAGCAAAUCUUAGAGGGGUUGAUCUACAAAGCAAGAUAAAAAACUAACCAAACAAAGAAACGCAAAGUAAACUAUGUUUUCAAAGGAUUUCAGAAACACUUUAGUCCCACCACUGGUCUUCUCGAAUAAAAUGGUGCCAAGGGCAUAGCUCCCUUUAAGCCAUUAAGUUCGGGCUUAACAAAAAUUUGGGUCAAAAUCUCUCUCCUUCGCAGAGGCCUCUUUGUAUGGCAGGAUGGGGAGACGGAAAAAGAAAGCGUGCGGGAAGCCUCUGCGGAAGGGAGCGGUCAAAUGUGCUCAAGUAAAUCGCAUCUUAACGUUAACUGCAGGGAGUAAAAAUGACCCUAUCGAAAACUAAUAGAUAAAUAUAUAUAGGCAGAAUUUAGUCGACAUUUUUUCGCCUUUACAACACUUCGAGCUGCUGCCGUGUCUUCGCUGUUGGCUAAUUGGCAAUCAGUAUAAUAUAAAAGGGAACUAAAUAGUUUCCCAUUUUAAAAAAAUGCUGAAUGGCCAUGCACAAAGUCACUAGUUUGAGCACUGCUUUCCAUAUCAAUUUAAAUAAAAGAAUCGUCGGUUUUCAAAGAGUCAGUUCUUUCAAUGAUUCUUUUAUCCCGGGAGGGUAGAGGUGUGCCGCUGAGGCAUUCAAACCCCGACCCUGUUUAAGACAAAAAUUGCUCAUUUCGAUACCCUGUUUAAGACAGGAGACACUACUUUCUGACUCUGAUUUGCUUUGUUUUGCCUUCAGACUGACUAAGUAAUUUUUCACACUAAAAUCGUGGAAAUACAUAUUUAGGAAAAAAAAUGUUGCUAUUGCAAAUGUAGUGCGCUCAUCGCAAGUUUUCACACUCUUUGAAAGGCUUCCAGUCCAACAAGACUUCACCCUGUUCACGAUACUUAAUAGUAAAAUUGUAUUUUAAAAGACUCAAGACCUUGAAAACCAUACCCUGUUCAGCGGCAUAUACCCGUAUAGGCCAAAUAAGGGAGUGCCCCCCGGUCUUUUAUCCAGGUGUGGAAGGCAAAGUUUUCGUGAUUUGCGUAGAUCCUAUUUCUUGCGCAAUCACGAAAAACCAAAUUAAGUUGUUUUCAAAAUUCAUUAACACCUAGUUAAAUCUUAAUCAGGACCCCUGUUGGACGAGAAUCUUGAUGUGCGUCGCAUCCCUUUCAAGGAGAGAAAGGACUUAACAUUUUGUCUUAGUGGUAGGUGUUUUUUGUUUGUUUGUUUUAACUACAGCAAGGUUUUGUAACUGCAGACACUUUUUAGUGUCAAGGGGUAUGCCAGGUGCUCCCGUGUUAGGUUUAGGCCUCAGAAAUAGUAACUGAUUUGAAACUAUAUCCUAAGAUGGCUGUUGUGUUUUAAUGCUAAAAACGCUUUGAGGCUCUAGCUUCUAGGGUAUUUCAGUUAAAUGUAUACUACUACAUGAGAAAUCUCUGCAAAUUGAUCGGCUUAGAGCAGUGGUAUUUCAGCUUAAUUUUAAAUACCUACAGGUGAAAAUUACAAACAUUUUGCGGGUAGUAGUAUAAACAAAUAAUAGAAUGAUUUGUUGUGAUAUUUGGCAUAAAUACCACUCGUGAUAUUUCAAAAUUGUCUCAAAUUUCUCUCUCCUGACGGCUCGCCUCGUGAAAUUACGUGUAACAAUUUCGAAAUAUCACUUGUGGUAUUUAUACCAAAUAUCACUGCAACUCAUGCUAUUACCUAUACAAAUUUCUUUUCGUAAAUCUUUUUUUAUUAAAAACUUAAUCAUAAUGUUAUUUUAGUAUAGAGUUAUGAUUAACUUAGCCAUUAUUGUAUCAUGAAUAACUGCUCUACGGCAGUUCUCAAGAUUAGAAGCGAAAUGAAAGUUCUCUUUGCGGUGGGGAAAGUGAAAAUCCUUCAGACCAGGCUUUAUGAGCCCGCGAGACUUAGCACCCCACCCAAACCUUUGUUUUCACUAAAACUGCUGGACCGCGCAAUCUGGUUGCGAUCAUUUAUUAUCUACGGGGAGUAUCUGCGACGCGAUUUUUUCAGUCGUAAACGAUCGUUGCCAAUGUAUGAGACACUUAAGAAAAAUUUUAACUGGUUAUUGAAAGUGUUGCUAAUUCAUAGAAAGAUACCAGUAGUCUACAAACCAGAAUCGACUUUUGGCCUUAUGUAUGCUUAUCUCCGGGCUUUUUCUCUUCAGCUGGAGCAAUGCAAUGUACGUUAGGUCCGAGAAUCCUGAUGAGUUAUCUCAAAUUGCUCAUAGUCAUAAUAUUUUCAUUUGUUCAGUCAGUUCAGGAUAAUAAAGACGUGACAUUUCUGAUAGACGUAAGACAUAUGUAA